AUGGUGCUUUCAGUGUCUAAGUCCCUUCAGGCCAAUCUAAUGCAUUUAAUGCCAGGCUACACCGCUCAGAAAGACGUCACAUGGCAUAAAAUCGUCGCCCACGGGAUCCCCACUUCUAUUUUCAACCAUCCGGAAGGCAUGGAGCUAGUUAAGGACGAAAUACGGACUUUUAAUAAGGGUCUAACCCCUUUAGGACAGCCAUACUGGAUCACAUCAGCCGAAAAUCGCCUAAAACAGACAGCUGGAUCCGUGGCAAUUGCAUUUGCUACGCCUAAAGAGGCUAGCGCGGCCGUCCGAAAUAGGCUAUACAUAGCUGGCAUCUCCAUACAAUGCGAAAAACACUAUACGACACGUCCCACUGCCUAA